AUGUCAACUUCUGCCGUCGAGGAGGUUUCAGCUCCUGCCGUCGAGGAGAAGGUUUCAGCUCUCCGUCGAGGAGGAGGUCCCAGUCCUGCCGUCGAGGGGAAGUUUCGCUCGUGCGUCGAGGAGUUAGGUCCACUCCUGCGUCGAGGGGGAGGUUUUCAGCUCCUUUCGUCGAGGAGAUACCAACUCCUGCUUUCGAGGAGGAGGGUCCCAGUUUCCUGCCGUCGAGGGGGAGGUUCUAGCUCACUGCGUCGAGGAGGAGGUUCCACCUCUCUGCCUGUCGAGGAGGAGGUUCUACCUCUGAGGGGAGGAGGGUCAGCUUCUUGCCGUUUGAGGGGAAGUUUUCAGCUCCUGCACAUCGAGGAGGAGGUCAAGCUUUGCCCGUCGAGGGGAGGAGUUUCAGCUUCCUGCCGUCGAAGAGGAGGGUUCUGCUCUGCCGUCGAGGAGGAGGUCCCAGCUCCUGCCGUCGAGGGGAAGGUUCUAGCUCUUGCCGUCGAGGUGGAGAUUUCAGUUCCUGCCGUCGAGGAGGAGGUCCACUCCUACCAUCGAGUGGGAGAUUUAAGCUCCUACCCUCGAGGAGGAAGUCCCAGUUCCUGCCGUCGAGGAGCUCCUGUCGUCGAGGAGCUACCAGCUCCUGCCCUCAAGGUGGAGGUCCCAGUUCCGGCCGUCGAGGGGGGGGGGGUUCUAGCUUCUGCCGUCAAGGAGGAGUUUCAGCUCCUGCCGUCGAGGGGGAGGUUUCAGCUCCUGCCGUCGAGAAGGUCCACUCCUACCGUCGAGGGGGAGGUUUCAGCUCCUGUCGUCGAGGAGAUACCAGCUCCUGCCGUCGAGGAGAUUAUCAGUUCCUGCUGUGAGGAGGUUUCAGCUCCUGCCGUCCGAGGGGGAAGUUUCAGCUCCUGUCCGUCGAGGGAUACAAGCUCCCGCCGUCGAGGAGGAGUCCCAGUUCAGCCGUCGAAUGGGGAGGUUCUAGCUCCUGCCGUCGAGGAGGAGGUUCCACCUCCUGCGUCGAGGAGGAGGUCAACUCCUGCCAUCGAGGGGAAGUUUCAGCUCCUGCCAUCGAGGAUGUCAACUUCUGCCGUCGAAGGAGGAGGUUUCAGCUCCUGCCGUCGAGGAGGAGAUUUCAGCUCCUGCCGUCGAUGA